AUGCCUCAAUUGCAUCUUUCUAAUGGACAAACCGACUAUUAUGAGAUAAACGACUUCACGGCUCCUUGGAAAGCCGACGAAACUGAUAUAGUCAUUUUCCAAGCGGGAAUAGGUCGUCAUACAGAGCUUCUGUUUCAUCUUGUACCACUCUUGAGUGGAUCUGUCCGUCUUAUCCGGCGCGAUCUUCGUGGGCACGGCAAAAGCUCCAUUGGAGAUGCUGACGGAUACAAUUACACGUUAGAUACGCUGGUUGAAGAGAUGGCUGAAUUUGUGGACAAGGUGGCAAAAAGACCUGUCCACUGGGUUGGAGAAAGCACAGCAGGAAUGCUCGCUAUUGCAUUCGCCAAGGCGUAUCCAGAAAAGCUGAAAUCCCUCAUUAUCAUAUCAACGCCGCUUGAGCUCGGUGAGAGAUUUAUGUCUAUGACUUCAGAGCCUUACAGCUCCCCUGGCGAAGCCGUUCGUAAGCUCGGAAUACUUGAAUGGAAACGCACUCGGCCUGUGACAACACUCGAUGCCAAUCAAAAUGUUGAAAGCUAUGAUAUGGGUGACUUCUCGGGCGAGGCCUACAAAGCCUGGGAUGAGGAAAUGUUGCAGAAAUGUUCUUCCGAAGGCAUCGCGCGGUAUUUCGACUUUAUUACCCAAGUCGAUAUCACAGGCCUUCCUCAGGAUGUCAAGACCCCGACAUUGGUUUUGUCACCGAAGAACAGCAUGGCGAGUCCUGUGGCCGUGAACCAGCAGAUUGCUUCCACGAUACAAGAUUCCCGCCUUGUCAUUAUACCAAGUGUUGGUCAUAUGGUAUACAUAGAUCAGCCCCGCGCCACCUGUGAUGCGAUAUUACAGUGGGUGCAGGACUUGAAACAGAGAAGGAGUGUGUAA